UUAAAUGUACAAACAAGUGACCAUCAUCUGUACUGUUGAUGAAAUAAGAUUUACUUUUUAGUGUACCCUUUUUUAAUAUUUUUAGUGAAAAAUUGAUUGAAUCAUGUUGUUUGUGUCUUUUUCAUUAUUAGCAGUAAUCACUACAUUAACAACAUUAGUAUCAACAGACUCUAGUAAUUUGGAGUUGCUCGAAAAUAGCUUUACGGUGGACUAUGAAACUAAUCAAUUUCUUCUGGAUGGGAAGCCAUUUCGAUAUAUUUCUGGAAGUUUUCAUUAUUUUAGGACACCAAAUCAAUAUUGGCGUGCAAUUUUGAAGAAAAUGAGAGCUGCCGGAUUAAAUGCUGUCUCAACAUACAUAGAAUGGAGUACUCAUGAACCGGAACCAGGUAAAUGGAUUUGGAAAGAUGAUGCAAAUGUUACUCAAUUUAUUCAAAUUGCAGAAGAAGAAGAUUUACUAGUUAUAUUGAGACCAGGUCCAUAUAUCUGUGCUGAAAGAGAUUUAGGUGGAUUACCUACUUGGCUUUUAAACGUAACGUCGGAAAUAAAAUUAAGAACAAAUGACAGAUGGUACAUGAAAUAUGUACAAAGAUAUUUGGAAACUGUAUUGAUAAAAAUAAAAUCACUUCUCAGAGGUAAUGGAGGUCCUAUCAUAAUGAUACAGGUAGAGAAUGAGUACGGAAGCUUCAAUGCCUGUGAUUUUCAAUAUAAAAAUGCACUGAGAGAUAUAUUUUUCAAACAUGUAGAAUCAAAUGCUGUUUUAUUUACAACAGAUGGACCUCAAGAAACUAUGCUUCAAUGUGGAAUUAUUCCUGGUGUUUUUGCAACAAUUGAUUUUGGACCUUCCACAAAUGUAUCUAAAAAUUUUCAAAUUUUGCGUAAAUUUCAACCAAAGGGACCUCUUGUAAACUCGGAAUAUUAUCCAGGAUGGUUAACACACUGGGGAGAGCCUAUGCAGAGAGUUUCAACACUGAAAGUAGUAAAAACUUUAGAUGAAAUAUUGUCCAUUGGAGCAUCAGUAAAUAUAUACAUGUUCUUCGGAGGAACAAAUUUCGGGUUUAAAUCAGGUGCUAAUACUGAUCCAAACUUUAGACCACAACUGACUUCUUAUGAUUACGAUGCUCCUUUGACGGAAGCUGCAGACGUGACACCAAAGUAUUUUGCAAUGAGAGAUGUUAUUAAAAGUUACAUGCCCUUGGAAGAUUUGCCUAUUCCUGCUGGAAAUAAAAAGAAAAAUUAUGGUAUUACUGUUCUGGAAUCCGUGAUAAAUCUUUUUGAUCCUGUCGCAAAAUCUUUAUUCGGCACAAUAGUUGUACAAACCAAUAAAAUUCCAAAUUUUGAGGAAUUACAAAUUCUGCCCUUGCAGUUGGUUCUAUUCGAAACACAGUUGCCCUUAAAAAACGAAACAUCCACAAUUUUAAAGACACAUGUACACGACAGAUGUUAUGUUUACAUAAAUCGUCAGUUAACUGGAAUAUUAAGUCGCAUGGACAGAAAAUUCGAUUUGACUAUACAUAACCCCUAUGGGAAACAUUUAACACUACUUGUUUCAAAUGAAGGACAUGUAAAUUACGGAGAAAACAUUAAGGACUAUAAGGUAUUGAUCAAGUAAAUAGUUUCUUUUCAAAUAACUUCUUUUUUAAUACCGUA